GUCCCUUUAAGACCCUGAAGUGUCUCCAAGAAGCCAGCAGGAGGCUCUGAGAGCUGCUGAACAAGCCUGAUUUUGGCGGGGGAUGUUGCAGGAGUGAAGUGGCGGAAGGUCGCGCCGAAGGGUUUUGUUUUGGUGGGAUUACUCUCCCAUUUAUCAUGCAGGAAAUGAUAAAGGGACUCAGGCUUUCUGUUCGAGGACUGCGAGUAGUCUGUUUGAAGUGAGGCCCCGGGUUUUCCGGCUCCUGCGGUGAAGGAAGAUGCAGAGAGACCUGGGCAGCUUUCCGCUUCCACCCGGGAUCAGGGUCAAAAUGAUCAGCUCCGGCUUCCAGAGCGCUGAGGAUCUGAGCGGAGUAAGAGCCACUGAACUCAGCAAAGAGCUGGGCAUCUCCAAGGAGGAAGCAUUGGAAGUUCUACAGAUUGUGAGACAAGAGGGCUCUGGAGAGGAAUCCCAACUGAGUGUGAAGUUACCGUCUGCUCGGACGUACACAGCUCUGGAACUCUUGGAGCAGGAACAUGCUCAAGGCUCCAUCAUCACCUUCUGCUCUGCUCUAGAUGAAAUCCUAGGGGGAGGUGUGCCCAUUGGCAAAAUCGUAGAGGUCUGCGGCGCUCCUGGAAUUGGGAAAACUCAGCUAAGCAUCCAGCUGGUUGUGGACGCACAAAUCCCUGAAUGCUUUGGGGGCUUGGACGGUGAGUCCGUGUACAUUGAUACGGAGGGCAGUUUUAUCGUGGAUCGAGUGAUGGAUGUCGCUGCUGCCGCUGUGCACCAUUGUCACCUGAUAGCCCAGUCCGGCCAGGAUGAAGUGCAACGAGAAGCAGCACGGGCCUUCUCUGUCUCCGGAAUCCUCUCUCGCAUCUACUACUUCCGUUGCCAUGAUUAUGUGGAGCUGCUGGCCCAGGCUCACCUACUCGCUGACUUCCUAGUGGCACAUCCAAAGGUGCGCAUUGUAGUGAUUGACAGCAUUGCGUUCCCAUUCCGCCACAACCUGGACGACCUGUCGCGAAGGACACGGCUCCUGAAUGGACUGGCGCAACAGCUCAUCAGCAUGGCCAAUGACCACAGUGUGGCGGUGGUGUUGACAAACCAGAUGACCACACGGUUUGGACAAGUCCAUUCCUCGUUGGUCCCUGCUCUCGGUGAGACCCACUGUUUCCUUCAUAUGGCUGGUCACAAUACUGAAACUUGGGGCAGUUUUAUUGAAAAAGGGUCUUUUCCUUCUUAA